GUAUCAAAAAGCAUGAAGUAUCUACAAAAGUAUAGAGAAAGGUCACAUUAAAUUAUGGCCAUAAUGAUGUUGGGAAUUAGAUCAUCGUCCAUAAGGACAAUGCCACUGAUCCGAAUCAAUAGUAGUACAAUUUCUAAACGAAUUAGUCGUACAAUUAAGACAUCUACCAUGGAUUGGAAACCCAUUAAGACAGGUAAAGGAAACUUAGCAAUAUUGGAACAACAAGCUAAAAGUCCUAUUUUAAGAAGAACAUUACUUGGAUUAAUGAUAGCUAUGCCUGUAAUCAGUUUUGCCUUAGGAUGUUGGCAAGUUAAAAGAUUACAAUGGAAAACUGAAUUAAUAACUAAAGGAGAAAAUGCUUUAGCACAACCUGCAAUUGAAGAAUUACCACCAAAUAUUGAUCCUAGUAUUAUUGAAGAAUUUCAAUAUAGAAGAUUUAAAUGUAAAGGUCAUUUUGAUUAUUCUCAAGAAAUUUUCUUAGGCCCUCGUAUUAAAAAUGGUGAAAUGGGUUAUUUUGUUAUUACACCUUUUAUAAGAAGUAGUGGAGGUAAACCAAUACUUGUAGAAAGAGGUUGGAUUCAUAAGGAUAAAGUUGUACCAGAGUCAAGAAAGAAAGGUUAUUUAUCUCAUUUAGCAUUUCCACAAGGAGAAAUUGAAAUUGAAGCUUUAUUUAGAGUAAUGCCAGAAAAAUCUUAUUUACAAUUUGAUCAUAAAAAGGGUGAAAGAUUAUUCCAUGUAUAUGAUGUACCAGAAAUGGCAGAACAAACUGGUUGUUUACCUAUCUAUUGUCAAAUGAUUCAUGAUUUAAGUGAUCAUCCAGAAUGGAGACAUAAUGCUGAAGAAGCAAAGAAAUCUUCAAAUAAUAUUACUUCAUUAUUUGGUUUAAUAUCUCCAACUACUCCAAAGGGAGGAGAAAUUGAAGAUGAAGGACUUGGUGAAUAUAGUGAUGAUGUAACCAUGCAAUAUCAAGAAUUUGAAUUCAUUAAACAAGGUGUACCAAUUGCUCCAACUCCAAAAAUAAAAUAUAGUAAUAACCAUUUACAAUAUCUUGUCACAUGGUUUGGACUUUCAUUGUGUAGUACAAUUUGUUUAAUUUAUGCGUUUAUGAAGAAAGGUAAUUUUUCUACUGCAGAAAAGGUCAUUGAAGCUAAGAGAAAACAAAUGAAGAAAUCAUUUUAAUCAUAAUAAAUUUAUUUACUUGUACAUAUAUAUAUAUAUUCUUUUCAUUACGAAAUACUCAAUAAACCAAAUAGAACGACUACUAAUGAUAAAUCAGCAAGAAAUAUACCAAGUAAUUCAUAAUAAGAUAAACAUCUAACUACUAAUGGAC